AACAUGAACUCAUCUGCCUCAAUACAAAAAAAACGAGUACUACUAGAAGAGUUUAGAAAAAGCAUGGAUAAUGAGAAAGGGAAAAUUUCCUCGGAUUUAACGAUGAGACAAAGGAAGCCUCUUGGUUGGAAAGCGAUGCCUUACAUCAUAGGGAAUGAGACAUUGGAGAGGCUUGCGACAUUCGGAUUGAUGGCGAAUUUCAUGGUGUAUAUGGUAAGAGAGUAUCAUAUGGACCAAGUUCAAGCUGCUACUCUAAUCAACACUUGGUCUGCUCUCACCAAUUUUGCUCCUAUCAUCGGAGCUUUCAUCUCCGACUCAUACGCCGGAAAAUUUAAUACCAUUGUCUUCGGUUCCAUCGCUGAGUUGUUGGGCAUGUUGAUGUUGACUUUCACGUCUCUGAUUCCUAAUCUACGACCACCACCUUGCACUACCGAUCAAAUCACUGGAAAAUGUAUUCGCUAUAGCAAUUCGCAGUUAUACGUUUUACUCUCAGGACUUUUCUUGUUAUCAGUUGGAACAGGAGGAAUCCGCUCAUGCAGUGUUCCUUUCAGUCUCGAUCAGUUCGAUGAUUCGACUGAAGAAGGAAGAGAAGGAAGUAGAAGCUUCUUUAGCUGGUACUAUACCACUCAUACAAUCGUGCAGUUAGUUUCAAUGACAUUAGUGUUGUACGUACAGAAUAACAUCAGUUGGGCCAUUGGAUUCGCUAUCCCGACCGUUCUCAAUUUGUUUGCGCUUCUUCUGCUUUUUGUGGGAACUCGGUUUUAUGUCUUUGUCAAACCCGAAGGAAGUGUGUUCUCUGGAAUUUUUAAGGUUCUUGUGGCUGCUUAUAAGAAACGCAAUGUACGGUUUCCUUCUGGGAUUGACUAUUAUCGACCCUUACUAGAGACAGAUUUACAAUCAAAUAAAAUCGUACUCACUGAUCAAUUCAGAUUCUUGAACAAAGCUGUGAUAGUGAUGAACAACGAUGAAGCUGGAAAUGAGGAGUGGAGAAUCUGCACAAUGAGACAGAUAGAGGACAUGAAGUCUAUAAUUAGCAUUAUUCCAAUAUUUGCUUCGAGCAUUAUUGGAUUUUUGGCUAUGAACCAACAACAAACUUUUACAGUCUCACAAGCACUAAAAAUGGACCUCCAAUUUCCCGGCACUUCUUACCUAAUCCCUCCUGCUUCUAUAACCGUCAUAUCAUUAUUAACCAUAGGCAUAUGGCUUCCCUUCUAUGAAACCGUUUUGGUCCGACCCAUUGAAAACAUUACAAAACAAGAAGGAGGUAUCUCGUUACUUCAAAAAGUCGGCAUUGGGAAUAUUUUCUCCAUCUCGACGAUGUUUAUAUCGGGUAUUGUGGAGCGAAAGAGAAGAGAUUUAUCGCUUACUGGGGUAAACAUAUCGGUUUUCUGGCUAACCCCGCAACAAGUACUAAUGGGAUUUUAUCAAGUCUUCACGAUUGUUGGUCUCACCGAGUUCUUCAACAAACAAGUUCCAAUCAACAUGAGAAGUAUAGGGAACUCGUUGCUUUACUUAGGUUUGUCUCUAGCCAGUUACCUAAGCAGUUUGAUGGUAAGCAUUGUUCAUAGUCUGACUGCUCGCGGAAGACGACAGAGUUGGCUAACGGAUGAUAUUGACACAAGCAAGUUGGAUUAUUUCUAUUACUUUAUUGCCGCUUUAAGCACUCUUAAUCUCAUCUUCUUCUUCUGGUGUGCUCGAAGGUAUCGUUACAGAAACUAUAGUGAUGAACAACGAUGAAGCUGGAAAUGAGGAGUGGAAAAUCAGCACAUUUUUAAAACUAUAAUUAGUUUGACAUUUUUUAAAACUUCAGAUUUUUAUUUUUUUAUAUUUUCAGUUACAUGUUGUAAGAAUAAAAACUCUAAGUUGUAUAGUCUUGUAAAUAAAAUUAGAUGUACUCA